UGGAAACGGGAGUCCAGUCAGGCAGCGCCGCAUGUCUCUGCACCGCACGGGAGUGAAUAAUUGAUCAUCGCCUCGGUUAAAUGCAUUGAUGAGGAGGAAGUGAUUAGUGAGGGGAUUCUGCGGUCACUUUUUGGAUUUACACUCUCAGGUCGAACGCAUUUCUUCUCUGUUUCUCUUCGACUGGAGAAAAGUUUGCUCGGAGACCCAACAUAGCUGGAGUCCGCAGAUGGAAAUAACCUCUCAGUGUACUACACCGAGCGCACCUCAUUCCGGGGCUCCCCCAACAUGGACCCGGAGUCACUGAGAAGGUGAAGACUGCUUGUGUUAAAUGCUCACUGCAAGGCUUCCCACAACACAGUGACUGCUCAUAUAACUGCUGUUAGUUCAGUGACUGUGUGAACCGUUCACAGACUGUUUACCAUGGCGUCUAGUCUGACAUGCACGGGUGUUAUCUGGGCCCUGCUGUCCCUGCUGUGUGCUGCAGCCUCCUGCGUUGGCUUCUUCAUGCCCUACUGGCUGCUGGGGACACAGAUGGACAAGCCCGUGUCCUUUGGCACGUUCAGGCGGUGCUCGUACCCGGUGAGGGAUGAAGAGAGGCAGGCCACGGUGAUGCUGGAGCAGUGUGGGCGCUACGCCUCCUUCAACGGCAUCCCAAGUCUGGAGUGGAGGAUCUGCACGGUGGUGACGGGCGUGGGAUGCGGCCUCCUCCUGCUGGUGGCGCUCACCGCUCUCAUGGGCUGCUGCAUCUCUGACCUCAUCUCACGUACUAUUGGUCGUGUGGCCGGUGGCAUCCAGUUCGUAGGAGGUCUGCUCAUAGGGUCGGGCUGCGCGCUCUAUCCACUGGGAUGGGACAGUGAGGAAGUGCAACAGACCUGCAACAACAGCUCAGACCAGUUUCAGCUAGGUUCCUGCCAGAUCGGCUGGGCGUAUUACUGCACAGGGGCCGGGGCGGCAGCUGCCAUGCUGCUCUGCACCUGGCUGUCCUGUUUCGCAGGGAAGAAGCAGAAGCAGUACCCGUACUGAAGAGAGAGAGCAUCAGAGAGACGGGGGACAGACAGAGACCUCAGGCGGUACGACUAAAGGGAGAGGACUCUGUGGACUCACAGCAGUACAGCACACCAGGCACCAAAGACACCAAGUCAUUCUGGUGCUCUGCACAUCAUGGGACUCUAUUCAUCUGACAACUGCAGGGACUGUUUCAUAAUGCAGCACACACACAUGGCUUUGAAAACUGGUUCUUCUCUUAAAAGCUGUUCUUAAAUGAAAAAUAUAUGGACCAAUCCUAUUUGUAAAAUUGUUACAUAACUAUUUCUUUAACAAAAAGAGUAUUCUCUCUUCUUUUUUUUUUUUAAUUUGUCUUCCUCUCCUUCGGUCAUUGAUGUUUAUGUGAUAGUGAACCCUGUGAUUAAGAGAAAAGUACUAUUGCUUCAUUGUUCCGUGAAGUGUUUCUGUCUCCUCUUCAUAUCUCAUCCUUGCCUUAAACACAAACUGAAAUGCAAUAAUCCCUAUAACGUAAAGCAAUCCAACACUGGCUGCCUGCUCCCUCAACUCAGCCUUCUCAGACUCCAAAAAUCUAAGCAUAUAGUUUAUUUAACACAUUCAUAAGAUGUAUGUUGUGUAUGAUAAUGUAUUUUAUCAUAUUAGCACAUGUUUUGUAUUCACUGUUCAAAUUGUUCUUUGUCAUUAUUUUUGUUUUGUAAAUAAAUGUUUAUUGAAAUUUA